AUGACUCUCUCAGAGAUCUUUGGCAGCCUUGCCAAGCGCGCAGGACACGGCGAGGAGGACCCUACCGCUGGACUUGAGAAUAUCGAUAUUCAGAACUACCUCGGCCGCAUCUGGUGGUGCUUCGUUGUGGUCUUUGCCCUUUAUCAGGUCAUCCUCUACUUCGUCCGCUACGUUCGCACAGUGUCAUGCCUGAAUAACGACACUCAACGCUACUUCUCCAUUCCCAACCACUUGUAUGCUCGCUUCAAGAAAUCAUGCCUGGAUGCACCCCUCUGGCGCACCCGUCACCACCGUGAGUUUAAGAUGUCCUCUGCCCUCGGCAUGGGUACCCUCCCCAGCCGUCUCCAGAGUUUCUUCCUGGUCGGGUACUUCGCCGUCAACAUCGGAUUCUGCGUCUGGAAGAUCGACUACAGCAGCUUUUCGGCCGGUGCUGGUGAGCUACUAAGCCGCUCCGGUGUCAUGGCUGUCAUGAACAUGAUUCCCCUCUUCCUCCUGGCUGGCCGCAACAACCCUGUCAUAAAGCUCACCGGCAUCUCGUUCGACACCAUGAACCUGAUCCACCGCUGGUUUGGACGAAUUGUCGUUCUCGAGGCCCUUGCCCACACCAUCUGCUGGAUCGCCAACAAGGUUCAGUCUAAGGGCUGGGGUGCUGUCCAGGCAUCAAUCACCCACAGCGAGUUCAUCAUGACCGGGUUCAUCGGCACCGUCGCAUUCACCUUCCUCCUCAUUCAAUCGCCCUCCCCCAUCCGCCACUCCUUCUACGAGGUCUUCUUGCACGGCCACAUCGUCGGUGCCGCGCUUGCCCUCGGCGCCGUCUGGGUCCACUUGAAGGAACGUCCUCAGCAGUUUAUGCUGUACGGUGUUGUCGCUAUCUGGGCAGCUGAGCGCUUCAUGCGUUUUGCCCGUCUCGUUGUCAACAACGUUGGCAACGGUGGGUCUUCGGCAGAUGUUGAGGUCCUCCCUGGUGACGCUCUUCGCAUCACCGUCAAGAUGGCCCGUCCAUGGAGCUUCCGCCCAGGCCAGCACGCCUACCUUUACAUGCCUUCAAUCGGUCUGUGGACUAACCACCCCUUUUCUAUUGCGUGGAGUGACGAGGAGGAGGACCCUCACCACGUCAACGAGAAGAGCCUCCCCAUGACCAGCACCGAUCUUGCUCUUCAGAAGUCCAAGACCAGCAUGUCCUUCAUCGUCCGCCGACGAACUGGCUUUACCGACAAGCUCUUCCGUAAGGCAGACUUGUCUGCAUCAGGUCGCUUCUCUACCACCUGCUACGCCGAGGGCCCGUACGGUGGGGAGGAUCUAAGCUCGUAUGGUACAGUUAUGCUGUGGGCGGCUGGUAUCGGUAUCACUCACCAGGUUCCCCACGUUCGUGACAUCGUCGCUGGUUACGCCAACGGCACCGUUGCUACACGCCGUCUCACACUUGUCUGGAUCAUCCAGUCUCCAGAGCACCUUGAGUGGAUCCGCACUUGGAUGACACAGAUCCUCUCCAUGCCUCGCCGCCGUGAGAUCCUGAAGAUCCUCCUCUUCGUCACUCGUCCUCGCAGCACAAAGGAGAUCCACUCCCCGUCGUCGAGCGUACAGAUGUUCCCUGGCCGACCCAACGUCCAGAGCCUUGUCGACCAGGAGAUGCAGGAGGGCAUCGGUGCCGCUUGCAUUAGCACAUGCGGUACUGGUGGCCUCGCUGACGAACUCCGUCGCGCUGUCCGCAACCGCGAGCUGCAGUGGAAUGUCGACUUCCGCGAGGAGUCGUUCUCAUGGUAA